AGAAAAAGAGAAGAUGGGGAUUACAGAGACCGUGGGGGAGUCGUCGGCGGGGAGAAAGAUGAGACAAAGAGCACCAAUAUCAUCGAUGGAAUCACUAGACGGCGACAUACUAUGCAUAAUCUUCUCGUUUCUCGAUUUAUUCGAUCUCGUUCACUGUACCGUCGUCUGUAACUCCUGGUAACUCCCUCCCUCGAAUUUAUUCGAUCUCGUUCACUUUUUUUAUUUUUUAUUUUUUAAAUUCGAGGUAUGGUGUCAUCAAGAAGCUGAAGCUGCUACAAGCUUCAUGCCGGAAGAUGCACCAGCUGGGGUCCACGUCACUGGAGCAGACGCCUGAGAUAGACGUUGAGGAUUUCGCUAUGAAACUUCAUAAGAUGGCUUUACUAAGAGGUCGAAUCGAUGUUGAGCGAUGGGAAGCUCACUCUCACCGAUUCUCUCAGUGUCGAAUGAAGAAAGGUUUGCUUCUUACUGGUGUCGGUGAUAAGGUUAUGCGCCUCUGGUCUUUAAGCAGUUACAAAUGCAUGGAGGAAUACUCCCUUCCUGAUGCUUCUUCCUUGAUUGACUUUGAUUUUGACGAGAGCAAGAUUGUUGGCUUGAUUGGUACUCGGAUUAGCAUAUGGAGGAGAAAUGGACAAAGAAGCAUUUUUCCAUCCCGUGAAGGCACGAUUCCUAAGGGACUUUGUAUGCGUUACAUUGACCCAGAAGCUGUAGUUGGAUGCGAGGAUGGAUCAGCUCGUGUAUUUGAUAUGUACAGUAAGACAUGUUCACAGAUCAUUAGGACUCACGGUGGGCCAAUAACAUGCUUAUCUUUGAGCGACAAUCAACUGUUUCUUAGCGGGUCUUCGCUCGGGAGAGUAACAGUGUCUGACCCUUUAAUGGAUCAACCAGUGGCUACGCUUAAAUCCACCAUUACUGCAGGAGGUAUACAAACCAUCUCUUUUAACCAAGGCUCCAAUCUCGCCUUCUCUGGAACAACUGCUGGAUAUGUUUCAUGCUGGGACCUCAGGAAAAUGAGACAGGUGUGGGAAAAUCGAGUGAGUCCUAAUGUGGUGUACUCAAUACAACAGUUAAGGAACGAUACAUCGGUUAUGGUUGUUGGUGGAAUAGACGGUGUGCUACGAGUGAUUGAUCAGAAGAGUGGUAGAGUUCUGUCUAGCUGUAUAAUGGACGACAAAGUUUCAACAGUCCUGAGAAGGCAAACCCAAGUGGUGGUUGAGAAAAGGAGAGGAAAAAGAGUAUCUGAAGACGUUGAAAUUGAUAGAAUCGAAAGGAAAACUCGGCCUCAAAUCAGCUGCAUAGCAAUGGGAAUGAAGAAGGUAGUAACAGCUCACAGUGGUAAAUUCAUAAGCGUAUGGAAUUUCAAUCACUCGUGAUGUCGUUAUAGUUGUAUUUGAGACAAAACCGGAAACAAUAGCAUUACUUUGUGUCUUUGUGACAAUACUGGAAAUAGGCCCGGCGUUCGGGUACCAGUUGGCGUUAGGAUCGGUUUUUUCGGAUUUUCAGGUUUACACUCAUAGGUCCCAUUCUAAUAUUUUACUAGUACGGGUUGGGUUCGGAUAAUAACACUUCGGGUUCGAUUCAAAUUUGUAUUGCAGCAUAAAACCCGUAAAGUAAUCAUAUAUUGUUCGGAUUUGGGUUAUUUCGGUUUGGUUUGGAUAUACCG